GGGGUGAAUUUUUUGUUUUUUAAAAUGAUAGACGGCAACAUAUCAAUGGAGGAGGACACAGAAUUGAGGGAUUUGGUCGUGCAAACACUAGAGAAUAAUGGGGUUCUUGCCAAAGUUCGAGCGGAACUGAGGGCCAGUGUUUUUUUGGCACUUGAGGAACAGGAGUCAGUCGCGAACCCUGAGCCACUUCUCAACAAAACCGUUAAACAGUACCUGUCAAACUCUGAAGGAAAACUACUAUUUUCGUUAGUUAGAGAGUUUCUAGAAUAUUUCGCAUUGGAUUACACGAUUUCAGUUUACGAUCCAGAGACGUACGUGGGGAAGGAGUACAAUUACAUCGGUAGAAAUAAAUUGUGCGAGAAGUUGGGAAUAAGUACGACGGAACCAUUGCUCGGGGAGCUGCUGAAGAACAGCAUCAAUGGUGCCUUCAAUAAUUCUGAAAAGAAUGACUCAAACGAUAGCAGACUGAACAAAACAACCGAUACAUCAGCCAACAACGCAACAUUCGAAGUUAAAGUACCAAAAAUCAUUCACAAAGACUCGCCCUCAUUCUCAAACGACAACGACUCAUCCGAAAAAGGGGAGACAGUAUCAGAUAUGAGCCAGGAUAUUCCAAUAAACGUGACAAUAACCGACAAAAAAAUCACUAAUGCAGAGCCGAAUAAUCCAAAAACGUCCAGCAAUUCAGCGAUCGAUAAAUCGUUGUGUGAAUUGCGACACGAAUCGUCGAGAGAAAGUACUAGCAUCGAAAAUACGACUGUAACUGGUAACAAUAAUAAAAAAGCCGACGACUGCCCAGUGGACAAGGACAAUUCACUGAAUGAGAGUGAACAAUUCCUAAAAUUCGAUGAAACAAUAGGUGACAGUGGACGUAAUGAGGAAAUGAGUAAAUUAAAAUUGAGAAAGGAUGUGGAAAUACAAAAUACGAAUAAUGCUCAAAAUCGAAUAAUUGAUGGGGAGAAUAAUUUUAGUAAGACUGUUUAUUUCGACGAGAUUAUUGUUGAUGGAAAGAGGGAGAGAGUUGGAGGUGGUGGUGGUAGGAGGGAAUCACUGCUUGGGGAUUUGCCACCGAUUGGUGCCAGAGGUAAUUCGAUUUUCACUGAUUUACCACCACUCAAUGGAAAGAAAACGAAUAUCAAUGAUCUCAAGGAGCUCAUGGAUAUGGGACUCGCUGGCGAGGGUGUAGAUAAUUACGAGGAAGACUUCGCAUCCUCGGCAUCGGGCAGUGCCAAUGAGGCGAGUCCCAUUAAAGACAGUGAUAAAAAUCCCAGUCAAUCCCCAGGGGUUAAAAAUCAGAAGGACGAGAAGAGCAACAGUGCGAGGAGCGAGGAGAUCAGCGAGGAAAUCGAGGAUGAAGUACUCAGCGCAAAUGUCUCAUGCGUGAGUGAUCCAAUUGUCAUUUGAAACAAUCAUCUCCAUGCAUUCACGAGCCAUGUCGCAGGUCGACUAAUUUAUUUUUUAAACGAGCGAUUAUCAGUCUAAUUAAUCGUCUUGCCAUUGACCACUGAUUAUUAAACAAUAAAAAUCCACACUAAUGUCUAUUACCUCUUGAUUAAUCUCAUCUAUUAAUUCGACAUUUCGAUGUUGAAAGUUGAGGAAUUCGUUAAUUUAUCAGUGGAAACGACUGAUUCAUAAACUCAAGUCAUUAAAUUCAAUUUCUGCGUGAAUAUUCGAAUUUUAUUUCUCAAAAUGUCGAAGGGAUGAUUUUUUUUUUUUGCAUUUCAUGGAUUAAUCGGGAUUUUAUGGAACACUGGAGAUAAGACACUGCCAGAUGUGGCUCAAUAAUCGUUGCUAAGUUAUUAGUGUGAAUUUAUGAAGUGGAAAUCCCCCGGACAGUUUAAUUUUUCAAUCGAUAAUUUUCCCUGAAGCAUUUGUACAGUUGAAGUGAUUCCAGAUAUUGAAAACAUGUUGAAAAUAUUUUUGUACAACAAUUUGUAGGUGUUAAGAUACUGAUGUUAUAUAAAAAGCAAUGAAAAAAUAUUUUUUCCGAAAGAUAAAGCCACAAGAGAUGAUAUUUACGGUAAAUUGCGAAGUGAAAUGACGAAAUUUUCAUCGGUAUUUCACUCUGGAAUUUUGAGAGAUAAAAUUUUUGGGGAUUGCUUCUUCAUUUUUUCACCGAGUGCGUCUAGUAUUACUAUAUUAUUAUUGUAACAAUUAUUGAUUUAUUUAAAUAUAAUUAUUAUUUUAUUAUGAGGAUCAUAAAGAGGGAAAUUUCGAACUCAAACGUCGAAAAUGCAUUUUUUUUCUGUUAAUUUAUUACCAUUUCCACCAUUAAUGCAUAUUAUCCUACGACUGUUAUAUGUAUUACCUCAUUUCUAAUUAAAAAUGUGAAUAAGUCGGUGAUUAAGUGGUGGAACGUAACGGGAGAGCGAUGAAUUGAAGAAACUAGUCGAUUUUUUCAAUUUGAUUGGCAAAAAAUGAGAAGAAAAAUAAUAGACAAUUACGUUUCACCAAUUAAUAACUGCAAAAAUAAAUAAAAGUUACUGCUAUGGUGUUCUAGGACACCAGUAAAUUAUCCGUCUAACGAGAAUGGAUUGCCGAUAAAUAAUGAAAAGUGUUUUUUAACGAACGAGUAAUAAAUCUAAUUAUUUUUUUCCUGAAAUGGUGCUAUUUGAAUAAUUAAUGGAAAAUUUUCUAUGACUGUUGAUUUAAAUGCUUGUCUAUUUUCCUCGGAGCAAUGAACAAUUGAAAAAUAAAAAUGGAUUCACACAGCCAAUUAAUUAUUUUGGGCAAUCCAUUAUUGAGUAAUUAAUUAAUGAGACUAGUACAAUCGAAUGAUAAUUAACGUGAAGUGGAGUGAGGAGUUUUAUUGAAUAAAAAAA